GGAUAAUUGCCUUCCAAGCAAUAGACCCGGGUUCGACUCCCGGCAAACGCACUCAUUUUGUUCCUUUUUCUUUUUAGCCAAAAAUGGAACGACACCGUUUUGAUAUGAACGCACUACUGUAAAAUCGCAAGUGUUAACAGAGAAGAUGGAGCUAGGGUUUUGACUUUUGAAGCUUCUGCUUGACGACAAUGGCUGCUGCCAUGGCGAAAGGGUCACUGGAUGAAGAAGAUUAUGCUGAGCGACAAGAGGGAAGCGUGCGAGGUCGGCACAUAAAAAAGAGGGCUCUUAAGAACAAAUCCCUCUCUAUUUCUUUUGACGAGAAAGAUCUCCGGGAAUUCGUGUCUGGGUUUCACAAGAGGAAGAAGAAGAGGAGGAAAGAAGCGCAGCAGAAAUUGCAGGAAGCCGAUAGAAGAAAACGCAUCGAAAUUCGUAAAGAGAGAAGGUUAGAAAGACAAUUGGUCACCGAUGAUGGGGUCUUGCCUGAUUCUACUGCUGAACCUGGCGAGCACAAGGAGGAUGCAGAUGAGGAUAAUGAAGACGACAUGGAGUCAGAUUGCCUUAAUCCACUUGUGUCAGGUACAACUAUGUAUGACCAUGGUGAUGUGCAAAUCACAGUAACAACCAGUGAAAUCACUCCCGAGAUGGAGGACAUCCCUGCUUUAAUCUCACCCCCUGUAACGUCCGGUGAAAUCAAAGAUACCAGAAGGAAAAAGAUUCCUGUAAGUAAGAAUAAACCAUUCAAGAAAGCCGUGAAAAAGAAAUCCCGGGCAAAGCCACUAAACAAGCGGGAUAGAAAGAAAGGGAAGGUGGCGAACAAGAUGCACUAGGUAUUGAGUUUGAUGUGCCUCUCUUGUUUUUGGAUGAACAACCUUUUUUUAACCUUAUUAUUUACUCUACACUCCUACAAUUUUCUAUAUUCCAUAUUUAUGUAAGUUUGCCUCUUUCUAUAUCAAUAUUAUGACACUGGAUCCAUUUGAGGGU